AUGCAUGCAACAAGACAACAAAUUAUUGACCAUUCCCUUCUUGUUUCUCAAUCCGCGGUCAUCGGCUGGCUGACGCAGCACCUGAAACGGGCCUUCCUGACAGUUGUCAAGAUCUCGGUCUCGGCAGUCUCGAGCAUCCGAACAACCUCGCUGAAUGAGGGCCUGACAUCUGGAUUGGCAUCCCAGCAGCGGGGCAAGGAGGCAGUCGUUUGGGAUGGUGGGGCGAACCCCCUUGUUGACCACCGCAAAUGCAGCCUGCACGGCUGUCAUGUUCUGAAACGGGAGCAUGCCUGUGAUGAGCUCCCAAAGCACAAUUCCGAAGCUGUACACGUCUACUUUCUGGGUGUAGGGCCUGUGCUGGAUCAUCUCCCUGAAGAGGUUUCAAAGAACGCAUAG